AUGCUGCGACACAUGAGCCUGCCUGUUGUCAGUCAGGCAGCAGAGGAUUCGUUGCAUACAAGGGUCAGAGAUAACAAGAAACGGCCGAACAGCGGCAUUGCGUCAGAUCAGAUCGUUUUGCAGCACAUGGGAGAGGAAGGCCGUGUUUUCACUUUUGUUGCCCUGGCAAUGCCGGAUCAUUUGCACAAGCUGUUUACCCUGAUGUGCUUUCAAUUUCCCAUACCUAGUGCUUCCAACGUGUGGCUCCCGCUCCCACCCGGUUUGAAGGUUGCUCGCCCGCAGACUUGUUCACGCAAAAGACUGCUUUGGCGUUGUCAAGUUCGGUAG